AUGGCUUCUGGCUUUUGUGAAAAUUGCUCCCGUCUGCUGAAUGAAUUGUUCCUUUCUUUGAGGAAGGUGUGCAGAGAGUUCGAGCGAAAACUCAGGGACGUUUUCAGGGAACUUUCUCAGUGCACCUGCUUCAGGAAUACCCCGGAGAGCAGUUUCCUGAGGAGGAAGUUCUCUCUCCACCUGCUGUGUGAUGAUGAAAAUCAACUCCUUAAUCAGGAGAGUCUGCGCACGCUGAGCAGACUUGCAUCCUCGGACGACGCCGAUCUACAAACUACUGCAGCCGUGUAUUAUUUACAUGUCAGUCAUCAUUUGAAAUCUCCUUUACCAGAGGCCUUCCUGGAGCCCGUCAUGGCCUUACUGUUAUCAGCUGACCUCGACGUGCAAAAGACUACAACUCUCUCCUUAGUUAAUCUGUUAGCCAAGAAUAACGUGUGCAGAGAGUUGGUGAUUGAAAUGGGGAUGCUGGUGCCCUUACUGGAGCUGUUCCGGUCGGGGGACGCCACCGCUCGGUGUCACUCGUGUGCCUGCGUCACCUUGCUGGCUUCCUCAGAAUCAAAGAGUGAAGCUGUCACGGUGGAUGGCGUCAUGCCACUGUUGGCGUUAGCCAAGUCCUACGAGCCGCGGGUGCAACAGAACGCCACCUGGGCUCUGUUACACCUCACACAGUCAGAUUGUUCGACGAGGAUCUUGUGUGACGUGGGAGCCGUUCCCGUCCUGGUGCUCCUGCUGCAGUCCUCGGAUUCAGAGGUUCAGUUUUACAGCUGCGCCGCUCUGUGCAACAUCGCCGCUGUUCGGGACCAUCACCCAAAGUUGCUGAGCAUCGGGGGACACUUCUUAUUAAAGUCUCUCCUGACUCUCGUGUCUUCCUCCGUGCAAAAGAAUUCAACUCGAGCGUGCAGAUGCCUACGAACUCUCUCGAAGAACGUGCUGAUCCAGGAGCAGCUGAUGGAGCUCGACUGUGUGUUGCCCCUGAAGGCGCUGCUGAAGAAGUCUUCUCCCGUGUGGAGAGAAUCAGCCGUCACACUACUUUCCACACUGUCGGCACACCCACCAAACAAUGACGUCCUCGUGAGCGAGGGUCUGUUGGAUGACAUCGGUCAGCUGCUUCGUCAUCAAACAUCUGUCACAAUCGCACACAGCUGCAAGAUCGUCAGCGACCUGUGCGUCUCCAGCGCGGGUCAGCAGGCUGCGACGGAGAGUCUGUGUUUACCGGCUCUCCUCGGGCUCCUGUCGUCCCCGUCGCUGUCGGACGAGACCUCGCUGCAUGUGACGUCCUGCUUGCAUCACCUCAUGACCUGGGAUCCACUCAAGUCUAACUUGUCGGCGACGAUAACAUCGGAGCACGUUUCGAGACUUGUGAAGAUGUCCGGACAAACCCAAAAGCCCGAGUUGUCCCACGACAGUGCGGCCAUCAUCGGCUCGCUAGAAAUGACCCAGGAGACGGUCCGGAUGCUGAGACCUCACUACGUCACCGUGAUGGAGUUCCUCUCGGUGUUCCUCAAAAACAAAGAUGUGAAGUUGCAGCAUCUCGCCAUAGUGACAGUAUCGAACCUCGAGAAAGAUGGAGGCUUCUCCUCCCUGCUGGCCGGCAGCGAGCUGGAGGCUCUCCUCCGGGAGGUGCACGCGCAGACGGAAGAAACCAGGCGGCUGCUGCAGAUGAUCAAGCCUCUUUCUCCAUCUUCUGUCCACCCGUGACUUUCCCCUCAUCCUUCAACAGACGAGCGAUGUGCAUCACGGGGAUUAUUACACUCGUGCACGUUAUGGACGAGCAGCACUUUCUUUUUUAUUUCAUUUCAAAUGUUCACGGGCGACAAAUUAAGUGGAACAACGAGGCAGAGAUGCGACAUAGUGUCAACUUUAAUGAAAUAUGGCAUACAGUUUAACACGUGAUAGUUAUGAGCAAUACUUAAACUAUAGGAUCAAAUAUUGAUGAUCGGAUACAUUUGUUUUUAUAAGCUUUUUAUUAUAAUAAACUCUCUUAACCUCUACGCCUGGACUUUUGCUUUAAAAGUGAUAUAAUGGAUGAAACAAAGCCUGCCGUCAGCACCGUAAAGGUUUUGUGCGUCGUAAUCUCUAAAACAAACACUCACACAGCUGAAGCAAAGUCUUUGGAAACUAAGUUCCUUAGCAGCUUUGAAAUAUGUGAUUGCUAUACUUCACAAAAUCAAAAGGGAAAAAAGAUGAUAAGAAUCGACAUAAACUUUUAACCGACGACCUAUAUGCAGU